GUUCUUGCUGACGGCUGCGGGAACACCGCUGUCUCCAGACGUCUUCUCCAGUGUCGCCUCGGGCUCCGCCCACGAGUUCUUCUCCUGAACGACUCGAGUGGUGGAGUGCUGAUCCGUCGGACUUGGCCUAGCAAAGCAUGGAGUUAUACUUCACAAUAGGAGAACCGUUCCCUGCGAUAUUCUGAUCAAUGCAGCUGGACCUACGGCCGACCGUGAAACCAAGAAUGGCUGAAGAAACGUCCACCCUUACCAGUGACCAGCUGACCGCCAGUAAGUUCAUCUCCAAGAGAAGCAUCCGGAAACACCAGGACAAGCAGAAAGCCUCUCUCAGUAGGUUCAGGGGUCACGCCGACCCCAGCGACCCCGGUGUGUUCUACCUCAACCCCCAGACCCCCAAGUGGAACCUGGCGGAGAGGUUAGCCGAGCUGUCCUAUGGCGACGAAAAGGCCCGGUGCGGCCAGAACAAACAUUACAGCUCCGACCUGCUCGCCCGCCCCGACGACCUCCCCGCCGCUCACGCCAAGACACAACGGGAAGCGGGAAGCGGCGACGCCAAAGCUGCUGAGCCGCAGCCCGGUGACACCCCGCCCAGUCGGAAGGCGGCGACGGCCGACCCAUCAGACGCUGGCGCCGCCGCCGCCGGCGAUGGAGGAGGAGGAGGCCGCGGGGACGGCGUCCUGGAGGGGACGGCGAGCGAGCUCCACAAGGAGCACACGGCCAACAAGGACUCCAUGUUCUUCGACUCCUGCGCCGACGGCAAGGUGCCGCGCAUCUUUGCGGCGAUGAAGAAGCGUGGCGUGGACAUCGACAACGAGCAGCGGCGCUUCAAGUGCACGCGCUGCCACUGGGCCUUCAAGAAGUUCUGCAACCUGCAGAGCCACCUGGAGACGCACACGGGCCGCAAGCCGCACGAGUGCGACGUCUGCGGCAAGGCCUACUCCCACCAGGGCACCCUGCAGCAGCACAAGCGGCUGCACACGGGCGAGAGGCCCUACCACUGCCCCUUCUGCGUCAAGACCUACAUCUGGUCGUCGGACUACCGCAAGCACAUCCGCACGCACACGGGCGAGAAGCCGUACGCCUGCGACACCUGCGGCAAGGACUUUGUGCGCUCGUCGGACCUGCGCAAGCACGAGCGCAACAUGCACACCAACGACAAGCCCUUCCCGUGCGCCGAGUGCGGCAAGACGUUCAACAAGCCGCUGUCGCUGAAGCGGCACGAGCGCAAGCACCUGGGCGACAAGCCCUACUGCUGCCUGGACUGCGGCAAGCUGUUCGCCCUGGCCAGCCGCAUGGCGGAGCACCAGAAGGUCCACCGCGGCGUGCGGCCCUUCGCGUGCGCGGUGUGCCCCAAGAGCUUCACCAAGAGCUCCAACCUGCUGGAGCACCAGGCGAUCCACAGCAACGCGCGGCCCCACAAGUGCGAGGACUGCGGCGUGGCGUUUGCCAUGGCGUCGCGGCUGGCGCGCCACCGCUACGUGCACGUCGGGGAGCGGGUGCACAGCUGCAGCGGCUGCGGCAUGCACUUCGGCCAGCCGGCGUCGCUCAAGGCCCACCAGGAGCAGAGCUGCGGCGGGAUGAUCUUCGUGUGCACCGAGUGCAACAAGUCCUUCAAAUGCGCGGCCACGCUCAUGGAGCACAGGUUGACGCACGGGGAGGGCGUCUGAUGGGGGGGUUAGACAGCCCAGGUGCAGCGCAGGUCUCCCCCACGCUCUGUCUCUUCCCCCUCUCAGCCUCAGUCCUCUCCGUAACUGAAUGCAACCGAAGCCUCUGUGGUUUUUUAUUUAGAUGACACAUUAAGGUCUCGUACGUUGAAUGAUGUGAAUGUGUGAUGUUGAAUGCAUGAUGUCAAACUUAUAGACCCAUGCCGAGCACUUAAGUCGAAUCCCAGGUUGUCACAAUGCUGCCUUCAGGGAUUUUCUUCGGCAGUCUUCGACAGUUGUCUGUGUGUACAUAAAAACACGUUAUUCACUUCAACUUAACACACACAUGCUUACUUGUUUGACCUCAUCCUAUAGACACAGGGUACUGUAAAUAAGUGAAGAGGGAAUUUGUUUGAUAGUUGUAAGCAAUAUAAUUAUUAUUAUUAUUAUUUAAAGUGGUGGAGUUGUGUUUUGUACAAUGACAUUGCAAGUAUAUUCCUAGGUGCGCAGUAAUGUUCUGGAUUCCUGUUGAAGUCUUCAUGUGUUUUGGAUUACAGCACAUCACGCAAGUGUUAAGUCAAUAAAAUCAUUACAACACAA